GUCGCCUGGGCCGCAGCUGCUGCCCUGCUCGGGAUUUGAAAGAUUAUAAAGUCCGGGCCGAGAGGGCGGCGGCGUCGGAUGCGCGUGUGGCGGAAGCGCCGGCGGCAUGAACUACCCGGGCCGCGGCGCCCCACGGAGCCCCGAGCGUAACGGCCGCGGCGGCGGCGCCUGGGAGCUGGGCUCGGACGCGGCGGGCGUGUUCGGCGGCGGCGGCUGCUGCUUCGAGCACCAGCCGGCCGACAGCGUGCCGCUGUCGCUGCUGCGCGCGGAGCCGCUGCACCUGGCACCGGGCGCCGACGACCUGAGCCACCUGGCUCUGGACCCUUGCCUCAGCGACGAGACCUACGACUUCAGCUCGGCCGAGUCGGGCUCGUCGCUGCGCUAUUACAGCGAGGGCGAGAGCGCGGGCGGCGGCAGCUCUUCUUCGCCUCCGCCGCCGCUGGUCGCCCAGAACUCGGGGGGCGGCGGGGCGGCGGGAGGGGGCCCCGGGGACAGGAAGCGCGCCCGGCCCGGCGGCGCAGCCGCCCGGCACCGCUACGAGGUGGUGACGGAGCUGGGCCCCGAGGAGGUGCGCUGGUUCUACAAGGAAGACAAGAAGACCUGGAAACCCUUCAUCGGCUACGACUCUCUGCGCAUCGAGCUCGCCUUCCGGACCCUGCUGCAGACCACGGGCGCCCAGGCCCGGGCGGCGGGCCGCGAUGGAGACCGGGUGUGCGGCCCAAGCUCCAGCUUCGGGGAGGAAGACGAGGAGGACAGCGCCUGCGGCUUCUGCCCGCGCGCGGCGGGGCCUGAGCCGGAGAUGGAGGAGCUGGUGACCAUCGAGCCCGUGUGUGUGCGCGGCGGCCUCUACGAGGUGGAUGUCACACAAGGAGAGUGCUACCCGGUGUACUGGAACCAAGCUGAUAAAAUACCAGUAAUGCGUGGACAGUGGUUUAUUGAUGGGACGUGGCAACCUCUAGAAGAAGAAGAAAGUAAUUUAAUUGAGCAAGAACAUCUCAGUUGUUUUAGGGGUCAGCAGAUGCAAGAAAAUUUUGAUAUUGAAGUGUCAAAAUCCUUAGAUGGAAAAGACGGCAGUGGGAUCAACUACUCUGUUGUCUACCACCUCCCUCCCUUCUCCCUCCCUUCUCUGUUCAAAUGGAGAGGAUAUAAGGAGAGCACAGAAGCCACAGGUCUUAAGCGAAAGCGUUCCCAAGCUGUUCACAGUUUCAAGCUGAGUCGGAACCACGUGGACUGGCACAGCAUGGAUGAAGUCUAUCUCUACAGUGACGCAACAACAUCCAAAAUUGCGAGAACCGUUACCCAAAAGCUGGGCUUUUCUAAAGCCUCCAGCAGUGGGACCAGACUCCACAGAGGUUAUGUAGAAGAAGCCACACUGGAAGACAAGCCGUCGCAGACUUCUCAUAUCGUGUUUGUUGUGCACGGCAUUGGACAGAAGAUGGACCAAGGAAGAAUCAUCAAAAACACAGCCAUGAUGAGAGAGGCUGCAAGGAAAAUAGAAGAAAAGCAUUUUUCCAACCAUGCAACACAUGUUGAAUUUCUGCCUGUUGAAUGGCGAUCAAAGCUUACUCUUGAUGGAGACACUGUUGACUCUAUCACUCCUGACAAAGUGCGAGGCCUGAGGGACAUGCUGAACAGCAGCGCCAUGGACAUCAUGUACUAUACCAGCCCGCUCUACAGGGAUGAGCUAGUUAAAGGCCUUCAGCAAGAGCUGAAUCGAUUAUAUUCCCUUUUCUGUUCCCGGAAUCCAGACUUUGAAGAGAAAGGGGGUAAAGUCUCAAUAGUGUCCCAUUCCUUGGGGUGUGUAAUCACUUAUGACAUCAUGAUGGGCUGGAAUCCAGUUGGACUUUAUGAGCAGCUGCUGCAGAAGGAGGAAGAGCUGCCUGACGAGCGAUGGAUGAGCUAUGAAGAGCGGCAUCUUCUCGACGAGCUCUAUAUAACAAAACGACGGCUGCGGGAAAUAGAAGAUCGGCUCCAUGGAUUGAAGGCGCCAUCCAUAUCACAAACGCCUGCCUUAAAAUUUAAGGUUGAAAAUUUCUUCUGUAUGGGGUCUCCGCUAGCAGUUUUCUUGGCAUUACGCGGCAUCCGACCAGGAAAUACUGGAAGUCAAGACCACAUUUUACCUAGAGAGAUCUGUAACCGCUUACUAAAUAUUUUCCAUCCUACGGACCCAGUGGCCUACAGAUUAGAGCCGUUGAUUCUGAAACACUACAGCAACAUAUCUCCAGUCCAGAUCCACUGGUACAACACUUCAAACCCUCUACCUUACGAGCAUAUGAAGCCAAACUUCCUCAACCCAGCAAAAGAACCUACCUCAGCUUCAGACAGUGAGAACAUAACAGCCAUUCCAAGCCCUGUGACCUCCCCCGUCUUAUCUCGGCGCCACUAUGGAGAAUCUAUAACUAACAUUGGCAAAGCAAGCAUAUUGGGGGCUGCUAGCAUUGGAAAGGGCCUUGGAGGAAUGUUGUUCUCAAGAUUUGGACGUUCUUCAACAUCACAGCCGUCUGAGCUAUCUAAAGACUCACUGGAAGAUGAUAAGAAGCCUUCAGCUUCACCCUCUACCACCACCGUGGCAACACAGACCCUGCCGCACAGUGGCUCCGGCUUCCUCGACUCUGCAUUGGAACUGGAACACAGGCUCGACUUUGAACUCCGAGAAGGCCUUGUGGAGAGCCGCUAUUGGUCAGCCGUCACGUCGCACACUGCCUAUUGGUCAUCCUUGGAUGUCGCUCUUUUUCUUUUAACAUUCAUGUACAAACACGAGCAUGAUAACGAGGCAAAGCCCAGCCUAGACUCACUCUGAACUCUUGAAGGACAUGAAUGCCCAAAACUUUUCUGUUAAAAAAUGUGUCAAGAUACAGAGAUUUCAAGGUUCCAGUUUUGUUAAGGGCAAGAAAUAUUUUAAUUUAAAAGCACUUUAUUUUAUUUUUAAAAGAGAAAAAAACCACAUGUUCAGUUCUAAAGGAGUAUUUAUGUUUGUCGUUUUGAUUCUGUCUGGCAGAGCCCUGCAGAGAAUCACCAGAAUAGAAGUGUGGUGGGCUUAGGAGAACUGCAUGAAGGUAGCCGUCACAGUCCAGGUCUCCAGAGGAGCCUAAUGUAGCGUAUUAACCAGAAGGCAUCACAGCACUAACAUGCCCUCAGUCCUGUAUGCUCUGCACAGACUACAAGGUGGCAUCAUGGUUUCUUGAUUCUGUGAAGGCUUCCGUGUCCGCAGUUCCUUUGAAAGAAGAGUAUAACAAAUUUUAAAUGUUCUAAAUUUAACUUGUUUUGAAAAACUAAUGCUAAAAAGCAAUAUUUGAACUACUGCACUUAUAAUCUAUAAUCUCUUACUUAUUUCAGCGUAUGAAACAUUUUUAAUGUUUCUUUUAAGCCACACUUACUUUGUAUCAUGUUGAGGCACCUUUUUCUCAAAACUCCAUCUUUGUAAAUGAGUAGAUGAUCCUGUGACGUACUUUCAGGGGUUUUUUUUGUUUUUGUUUUUUUGUUUUGUUUUGUUUUGUUUUCAUUAAAAACAUGGUUUCACACAGCACUAGUUCAAUUACUUUUUUAAAUUUUUUUUAAUUAUGUCACAUAUACUUCAGUGAAAGUUAAAUAUUUUCAGCACAAGGACUCCACAUUUGUAUGUAUUGCAUUAGCUGUAUUAGAAAAUUAAGAAACAGCUUUGGGCUGGGCGUGGUGGCACGUGCCUUUAAUCCCAGCACUCGGGAGGCAGAAGCAGGCGGAUUUCUGAG